AUGAGCGUCAAGCGCAACCCGUACGCGUGGAACCGCAAGGCGAACAUGGUGUUUCUCGAUUCGCCGGCCGGCGUCGGGUUCAGCCAGCCUGUCCUGAACGCGUCCGACUAUUAUGACGACGUGACGGCGGCGCGGUCCCGCGAGUUUCUCGAGCGAUUUCUCGCGCUGUACCCGCAGUACACGAAUCGCGACUUUUACAUCACGGGCGAGAGCUAUGCCGGCAUGUAUAUCCCGUUCUUGGUGCACCAACUCGUAACGGAGCCGGUGGCCGGCCUCCACUUGACCGGGUUCGCCAUCGGCAACCCGUACACAGACCAAAAGAUCGACGACAGCUCGUACAUGGACUACUACUACUCGCACGGGCUCAUCUCGAUCGAGACGUACGAGGCGGUGCAAAAGAAUUGCAAGCCCGAGGAGCGGUGGCUGUGCCAGGAUUAUUACCCCGGUUGCUCGGACCUGUGCGCGGCGACGUACCGAGAGGCCGACUGGAGCAUGGACGAUGGCGACAUGGACCUGUAUUACAUCUACGGCGACGUGUGCCGCCUUCAAAGCAACCAGACGCAAGCCCUCAAGUACCGCGGCAGCAUUCGUCCGCUCACCCAUCGCGGCGUCGUCGGUCCGUGCGCCGACACAUUCACAAACGCGUACUUGAACUUGCCUGUUGUCCUCGAAGCCAUCCAUGUCGACAAGGGGCAGUCGUAUGCCGACUGCAGCGAUCCCGUCGGCGCCAUGUAUACGUCGAGCUUGACUGUGUUGGACAAGUACCCGGUGAUUCUCAACGCUGGGUUGAAAGCGCUCAUCUACAGCGGCGACGCGGACUCCGUCGUCAACUUUAUUGGGACGCAGCGCUGGCUCGCCACCGACGUCGGCCUCAACUUGACUGCCACGGAGAAGUGGUCGAGUUGGUUUGGCCCGGACAAGCAGCUCGCGGGGUACACGGAAACCUACGGCAACGUGACGUUCAAAACGGUCAAAGGCGCGGGCCACAUGGUCCCGGCGACGCGCCCCCUCCACGGCCUGUACAUGUUUGAGUGCUUUUUGUACUCGAACCGCGCAUGCACUGCGUUUGCGUACCCCAAGGAUCCGUCCGAGUACUUGAGUGGCGCCGACUUGACUGCCCCAACGAAAGACGAAGGUGGUGUGAUCGAAGGUGCCGUGUGGUGGUGGGUCGGGAUCGCGGCCGCGGUCGCCGUCGGGAUCGCUGUCUGUGUCGUCGUGUUCAAGUCCAAGACGAAGAAGACGCAGUAUGUUGAGCUCACGGCAGGAUCCAAGCCGACAUAUUCGACGUAGGCUUGUGGUCGCACCAUCGUUUUGAAUGUAUUUCGUGGACAAUGAUGUCGUGGCGCUUCAAUCGUUGGUGGUGGAGGAGGCUCAGUUCGCUCUUUCCAAAGUGUCCUUGCACCGCUGUCAGGGCAAGGUGCUGUGUCUUGCUCUGACUGCUGGUGCAUCUCGCCUUGACCUGUGCAGACGCACUUAGACGUUGUUCUCUGCCGCCAUGGCGCCGCCAUCACGGUCGUGAGUUCGGCU